UUACAUACAAUAUUGAUAGAAAACUUCCUUAGUUACAUUCUUUCGUAAAAGAAAAAGAAAAAAUAUGAAUUUUGCAAGUUAUCACUAAAUACAUUUUUAAGUCCUUCAUAAAUUAGAAAACUAAAUAGCCAAAGGUUAAGGAGUACUUCUCAUCUUCUCCAAAAAGUUCCUGCAGGCUGAAAAGCCUAAAUUUUUUUCGUUUUUAUCAUAAACAAUGACAAAAAAGCAAACUUCUUCUGUACGAAAUGCAAACUUUUCCAUCAACGAGACGUUUGGAGGCCGUUUACUAAAGGAAGAAGACCAAGUCUUUGACUGUAAUGCCUGGGAUCAUGUUGAAUGGGAUGAAGAACAUCUGUCCAUGGCCGAGCAAAGAAUUGCAGAGCAAAAGGAGUACCCGGUAAUAAACAAGGAUGAGUAUAUGGCAAAUCCAAAUGAGUAUUGGGAUAGGUUUUACGAGAAAAAUGAAGGGAAUUUUUUUAUGAACCGAAGAUGGAUUGCCCAGGAAUUCCCAGACUUACUUCAACUUGUACAGCCUGACGCUGGACAAAAAGUGCUGUUAGAAAUAGGAUGCGGUGCUGGUAAUACAAUUUGGCCCAUCUUAGCAGAAAAUAAAAAUGAACAUUUGAAAGUUUAUCCUGUGGACUACUCCAGGAAAGCUAUUGACGUCGUCUACCAAAAUCCUCUUUAUGAUCCCAAUCAUUGUCAUGCAUCUGUAUGGGAUUUAGCUGGACCAACACUGCCAGAAGGGCUUUCAGAAAACUCCGUAGAUGCAAUUACUUUGAUAUUUUGUUUUUCUGCACUUUCCCCUGAUCAAUGGAACCAGGCGGUCAAUAAUUUGUAUCGAGUACUGAAGCCUGGGGGCGUCAUUUUCUUCCGUGAUUAUGGCCGCUUGGAUUUGACUCAGUUACGAGCAAAAAAGAAUAGAUAUCUGGAUGAAAAUUUUUAUAUUCGUGGUGAUGGUACCCGGGUUUACUACCUUGACAACGAUGAACUCGACAGAAUUUUUGGAGACAGAUUUGAAGUCUGUCAGAAUGGAGUCGAUAAAAGGCUGAUUGUGAAUCGCAAGAAGAAAGUGAAAAUGUACCGCUGCUGGCUUCAAGCAAAAUUUAAAAAAUGAAAACCAUAUAUGGUUUUGGGAUUACGUUGUCUGCGAUUAUUACGGAAUAGUGUUUCAUAUAUAUUGGUUAAAAGCUUUUAAUAAAGAUAUCCAUUCAUUCUAAUAUACAAU